GAAGAAGAGGAGGAGGAGGAGGGCAAACACGGGCAAGUCGUAGGCAGACAGGCACGCAGGGGAAAAACCAGCGGUGUCUUUAAGCCAUUUAGCGUUCAAAUAUACAAUAUACAAAAAAAGGUCUGCUCUGCGUCCAGCCUGCGCUGACCGGUCGCCAGGAGUGGUUUUUUUUUUCCUUUGGUAUUCUUUCAGGGCGUGCUCAGAGACAUGAGCUAAUAGCUAAUUGUAUCCUGCACUACUUUUUCUUUUUUUUUUUUUUUUUUUUUUUUGCCUGGAGGGGUUUCGGAGCCCCGGAGCGACUCUCCCUCCGUAUUAGUGCUCCGUGUUUCUCCGGCACGCUGCUGCAUUUCUCACCGGCGCGGCGCGGGCAGCGGAGGCACCAGCGCGCAGGGCCGACAACAAGCAAAAACGGAGGAAAGAAACGGGUGCAGAAAGAAAAACUUUUUUCCCCAUGUUUCAGGUGUAUUCCAGGCUCAUGCAUAGUGUCCCCAGGACAGGCUCUGGAUACACCACGACCUUGAGCGGGAUAAAUCGGACAACCGCUCCAGCAUGUCCAGGCCGAUGAUCACCAGGUCUCCAGCGUCACCUCUAAGUAAUCAGGGCAUCCCAACGCCAGCACAGCUCACCAAGUCCAACGCACCUGUGCACAUCGACGUGGGCGGCCACAUGUACACCAGCAGCCUCGCCACUCUCACCAAGUACCCUGAGUCCAGAAUUGGCCGUCUUUUUGAUGGCACAGAGCCCAUUGUUCUGGACAGCCUGAAGCAGCACUACUUCAUCGACAGAGACGGUCACAUGUUCCGCUACAUCCUCAACUUCCUCAGGACGUCCAAGCUCCUCAUCCCUGACGACUUCAAAGACUUCAGUCUGUUGUACGAGGAGGCGCGGUAUUUCCAGCUGCAGCCCAUGCUAGUAGAGCUGGAGCGCUGGCGUCAUGAGCGGGAGCUGAACCGAAUCUCGUGUCCAUGCGAGUGCGUAGUGGUGCGUGUGGCACCUGACCUGGGUGAACGCAUCACUCUGAGUGGAGACAAGGCCCUUAUCGAGGACAUCUUCCCAGAGAUCGGAGACGUCAUGUGCAACUCGGUGAACGCUGGGUGGAACCACGACUCCACACACGUCAUCCGCUUCCCGCUAAACGGCUACUGCCAUCUCAACUCUGUGCAGGUCCUGGAGCGACUACAACAGCGCGGCUUCGAGAUCGUGGGCUCCUGCGGCGGUGGCGUCGACUCGUCUCAGUUCAGCGAGUACGUCCUGCGGCGAGAGCUGCGGCGAUCUCAGCGAGGACUCCAGACUAACCGGAUAAAACAAGAACAGCUGGACUAGAACCCAACCCUAGAAACUGCCUCACAGACUUCCAAAUAAAAAUGGGCCAUGAAGAGAAAAGACAUUUCAGCAGUUGCCAAGCUGGUAUCACUUGCGACACUUGAAAUUUUUUUUUUUUUUUAAGGGAACUUGAGGAGGAAAGGUUUUUUUUGUUUGUUUUUGAAGAUUUGACACAUGACCUGUGAUGACCUUUGGAAAGAUCAGGACUGAAUGAGGACCUUGUUGAAAACAGUGUCUCUUUCCAUGCAUUAAAUUUCAAAGCAAACCUUCAGACAUCCUGUUCUGUUUGCAGUGCUAUAUACAGUAUAUAUAUAAAAAUAUGCAUAUAUUUUGCUAUUUCAUAUAAUUGACCCAUGGAUGUUGUUUCUUAAUAAUGUCAUGCAUAGGUUUAUUCCAGAUCUCAACACAUAGUGUUUUUUCUUUUCCUUUUUUUCAUAUUAUAACAUACAAGCAAAGAUUGUGUACUUUUGUUCACCUAAACACAUCCUGAUCAUUUUCUGAAGUUGUUCAUUGAAGACUGUUGUGUGAUACAUUUUACGUAUGUAUUUACUUUUUACUCAGUAUGAUUAUAAGAUUAAUAUGAAAUGUAUCAAAAAAUUGCCAAUUUUAAAUGAGAUAAAAAACGCCACUUAUUUACUCUUAAUUUAUGAUCGGAUAUGAUGUUUAUCUGCUAUUUUCAUUUGUAAGUAUUUUUUUUUUCUCUCCCUGUCUCUUUGCCCUCAAACGUUUUUUGACUGAAUUUGUAAUUACAUUAAAUACAGGUUCCUUCUGAAGGCUGUCAAAACUGAGCAAGUCAUUUCGGCGUCACGCCACAUCACGUCCUGAAUCACGAAGAAUGUAGCAAGCAAUUUAAAUUAAAUC